AUGCUUAAUCUUCUUUUAGAAUUAAAUCUUUUUAAUAUUUUAGGAAGAUAAAAAGAUUACUUUUUAAUUGUUUAAUAUCUUAUAAAACUAAUUGCUUAUGACAAAAUAAAUAUAAUUUUUUCAAGCACUUCUUAUUACUAAGCAUAUGAAAGUUCAGUGGAAAGAUAAAAUUAGAAGAAUAAAUUAAUGAAUAUGAAAAUAAAUGUUAAUAUUAAUUUAAAUAAAGAUAUGUUUAAUAUAUUUUAAGAAAACGAUGAAGAAAUUAGUGAAUAAGAUGAAAGCAAUUUAUAAUAUGGAAUCUUGAAUUCUAAUUAAUGCAAAAUUGAUGAAAAUUUAUUAUAUAAUAAUCCAUUAAUGAGAGGAUUUUUGAAAAUUAACAGCUCAUUACAUAGUUUAGGAAUAGAUGAUAAUGAUAAACUUAAUAUGGAUAUAAAAAUAAAGCUAUAAAUAUGUGAUAUAUUUGAACAGUUUUUAAAUAUGAGAUAAGAUUACUUGAUAUAAAACGUAAUGCAUUGGUUCAGUAAGAAUAUUAUAGAUAGAAUGAAUAAGGAAGAAAUACGAGAUGAUUAGAGUUUAUAAUAAGCUUUUGAUGAAGGAUUUAGUAAAAUAUUUCCUAAUAUUUCUAAAACAGGAUUUUAGGAAUUAGACGAAAGAUAUAAACCAAAAGAUAUUAACUAAUUAAAUCAAAUUUUAAAUUAUAAAUAAUUUUUCAAAAAUUUAAGAAUAGAAAAAGAUAAAUAGUCUAAAUUAAAUUCUUUUGUAUUUUAAUCAUUUACAAGUAAUACUUAAAUAUUAUACUUUUAUUUAUAAAAAAUAAAAAAGACCAAUAAGAUGAGUUUUUUGAUUUAGAUUGUUUAUUAAGUGUUUCUUACUGUAAAGCUUUACAACAAGAAGAAGAGAAAAAGAAUCCUUCGUUUUCUAUUUUACCUUAUUUAUUGUAAACUUUUUUUCUUAUCCAUAAUCCUUAACUUGAAAAGAAAAUACUUUCAAUUAUUUUAAGACUAUUUAAUUAAAGAUAAGAACUUAAAGAUAAUUUAAAUAAAUUAUAAGCUAUUUUUGAUGAUGAUAGAAAAAAACUAUAUAAAAUUUUAAAAAAUGAAGGAUAUAAUCUUACAAAAUGUAUAGAAAAGACCGAAAUUUGGUUUAUAUAAUUCAUUAAUAAUUAUGAUAAUUACUAAGAGAUGA